ACGUCGCGUGACCAUUCUACCCUUUGAUCUCAACACUUUCGACACUUUCUCAGUUUCUCUCUGUCUUCGUUUUUUCUAAGGAAAAAGGCCGAAUUAGGAAACCAAAACAAACCCACGUAAAUGGCAGAGCAUUCCACCACCCCUCCGGCACCGGAUAAUGCGGAAAUUCAGCCAUCUUCCUUUCAACCUCCGUCGCAUGAAUCCGGUUCUCCUACUCAAGAGGCCCAGCCAACGGAAACUGAUGCCCCGGUGAAAGCGGCUGAGUCGUCUCCGGAGACCACCUCCGCCCCGGAAGACGGAACCGAUGCGCCUCGUCCAGAGACUCAGACAGAAGUGGCGGAGCAACCGCCUCCGCAGGUGACGGGAGCGGCGGCGGAGGCGGAUGACAUUUCGCUCGGGGCGGUGUUGGAGAAAGAAGAGCGCGGCGGAGAGGCGGCGGAGAAGGAAGCUCCGGCGGGCGUCGAUGAAGAGAAGAAGAAUAUGAUUCCUCAGAAUCUGGGAUCGUUCAAGGAAGAAAGCAACAAGCCUUCGGAUCUGUCCGAUUCCGAGAGCAAAUCUCUGGACGAACUGAAACAGCUUGUAAGAGAUGCUCUGAACAAUCACCAGUUUGGGGCAAGCCCUAACCCCGAAGACGGUACACCAGAGGAACUCUCCAUCUGGGGGAUUCAUCUGCUCAAAGACGAACGAAGCGACGUCGUCUUGCUGAAAUUCCUUCGAGCGAGGGAUUUCAAGGUGAAAGACUCCUUCACGAUGCUCAAGAACACGAUUCAGUGGCGAAGAGACUUCAAGAUCGACGAACUCGUGGAGGAAGACAUGGUGGACGAUCUGGACAAGGUCGUCUUCAUGGACGGACACGACCGUGAAGGUCACCCUGUGUGUUACAACGUGUACGGAGAGUUCCAAAACAAGGAGCUUUACCACAAGACGUUCGGAGAUGAAGAAAAGAGGAAAAAUUUCUUGAGGACGAGGAUUCAGUUCUUGGAGAAGAGUAUAAGGAAGCUCGAUUUUAGCCCGGGAGGAGUUUCCACGAUAUUUCAGGUCAAUGACAUGAAGAAUUCUCCGGGAUUGGGGAAGACAGAGCUUAGAUUGGCGACAAAGAAAGCUGUUCAGUUGCUUCAGGACAACUAUCCUGAGUUUGUCUUCAAACAGGCCUUUAUCAAUGUUCCGUGGUGGUACCUUGCGUUUUACACAAUGAUCAGCCCGUUCAUGACACCGAGAUCAAAGAGCAAGCUCGUGUUUGCUGGUCCAUCAAGAUCAGCGCAAACCCUUUUCAAAUACAUAUCGCCGGAGCAAGUUCCUAUACAAUACGGAGGACUUAGUGUAGAUUCAUGUGACUGCAACCCAGACUUCACCAUGGCUGAUCCAGCGACCGAGAUCACGGUCAAGCCAGGAACAAAGCAAACGGUGGAGAUAAUAAUAUACGAGAAAUGUGAGAUGGUGUGGGAGAUAAGGGUGGUGGGGUGGGAGGUGAGCUACACGGCUGAGUUUGUGCCAGAGGCGAGCGGUGCGUACACGAUGGUCAUUCAGAAGCCGAGGAAGAUGGUUCCAUCCGACGAGCCUGUGGUUAGCCAUUGCUUCAAAGUCACCCAGCUGGGCAAGGUCCUUCUCACAGUCGACAACGCGACCCCUAAGAAGAAGAAGCUCCUUUACAGGUUCAAGGUUAAACCUUUCGUCUGAUCAUUUAUUAAAUCUUCCCAGCACACGAGUGAGAAGAGACUUAAUUGUGUGUUUGUAUAUAUUAUGGUGUGGUUGUUUUGUCCUCGUGUACAUUUUGGUGUGAUUAAAUGUCGUCUCAAAUUCCUGCCCUUCCAUGAUAGAAUUGUAUUCUGAAGAUUAGACAUUGGGUGGAGACCUUUGUCACUAAAUUGUUGCCUUGUGCAAGCAGUUGCGUGAAUUUUUUU